AUGCCUGGUUGGCAAAAGUCUAAAGACCUUCAUCUGCAACAAUAUACCGAAACAGCAACGCACCACCCGAUGUAUGGUUGGCAGGCUGGCCCAAAGACACCAAUACUGAGACUGCUUAUUGUAGUUGACGGUGAAGCUAUCGACAUACAUGAAUUUGAGCUCGAUCUUCUUGGCUCAUCUUGGGUAUAUGUCACAGUCUGCCUGAUUGGUGUGGAGAGACCCCUAGACCACCAUCGCUAUGCAAAUGAGCUGCAAAGAAUGAGCCAGGCAAAGCCGCGAGCUAGCUUUGUCGAUGCGCAUGGUAACACCCCAGAACGCUUCGUUGUCCACGAACUGCUUAAACGGCAUCUCGGGUGUGACAUUUCGUUCUCUGAGUUUGAGGUGCUGGAACAAGACAAAGUGGAUUUGCCAUCAUAUGCAGAGUGA